AUGGUGAGGAGGAGAGAGGGGUCUCUUACACCAUCUACGACCAAUACGAGGAACUCCAAUACUAUCCUUUCCUGCUUCUUGAAGUCUCCUGGGUCGGCUACAACAUCGGCCAAUGUGCCCCUUUACUGCUGGUGUGACGAAAGGGUGCAUCUGAAAGUUUCAGACCUUAUCGACGACGUUGAUGUGGUCUCUCUUAUGAUUGUCAGCCCUUUUGUGGUUGCUCACAGAAAGAUUACUAUUGUUACCAGAGAUAUUAAUGGCAACAGUAUUGCCUUAGGGAUUAAAGGAACUGUUUUUGCUGGUGCCGGCUCAAACUCAAAGACCGAGCUUGACACCACUGUUUUUAACACUGGCAAAAAUAACUGCGGACAAACCGAGGCUGCGGGAACAAACAAAGCAGUGAGCGGUGUCACUAAGUCAAUGGCUCUUUCGGGCAGCACACUUCCACAAAUUAGCACCCAUAAUGCUUCUAUCUCGGGUACUUUUCACAUUGUGACUUCCGAUGGUGCAGGUCCUCUUACAGCAAUGGUCGACACGACCGGGAAGGGCGACUUUUCCAAAGCGGUCAAGGCCGUGGUCACUACCCAAAUUCCGGGAACUAAGGGUAAGAUUCAAAAGAGCAAGCAACAGAGAUGGGAACGAGUAUUGAGAAGUAUUGGCUUGAUGAAAAGAGCUACCAAUAUCAACGAAGACUUUCCUUUUAGUGUGGCGAUUCCCGCUGGAACAAUUUGCACCGGUACACUAGCAGGUCAAUCUAAUGUUUGUAUAGUUGAGAUUGUGAAUCCAUCAAAAGCGGGACCUUUUGGUGGAUGUGUCGCCGUUCAACAAUUUGGUGGCACCAACACAACAGAUAUUGCUAGGAGAAAUCUUAAGCCCUUGAGCUUCUCUGUCUAA